AAAAAGGUGCCAAAAAGCCGCAGCCGCAGGUGCCACGGACUCCUUCUGCCACUGGCUGCACAGCUGGAAGCAGGCCCAGCCUGCCAGUUAGCAGACAAGUCAGCUGUUACCUGAGCCUGUGGAUUAGCUCAUGUGAACAUGAUCCAGUAGUGGGCACUGAAUUGCUGAGCCGGGGCUGUCUUUGGCCAGCUCAGCUGUGCCUGUGGCCAAGGGAUUAAAGGCCAUUAAGUGUGACUUGUGAUUAGAAGAAGGCCAGGUAUCAUUGAAAGGGAUGAAACGCCUAUGGAGAAAGAAAUUGCUCUUCUGCAUCGAGCAGACUUCGAAUUCUCCCACAUUUUUUACUUCUGCAGAAAGGGGAUGGAGGCUAUUGUGGAAGAUGAAGUCACUCAGCGAUUUUCCUCAGAAGAGCUGCUCUCCUGGAAUCUGCUCACAAGAACUAAUGUCAACUUCCAUUACAUCAGCCUGAGGCUGACUGUUGUGUGGGUCAUUGGGGUGGUAGUGCGCUACUGCAUCCUGCUGCCCCUACGCUUUAGCCUCGCUGCCAUUGGGAUUACAUCAAUGAUUGUAGGAACAACUGUGGUGGGACAGCUGCCAAAUGGCGGGGUGAAAAACUAUCUGAGUGAAGUGGUUCACCUCACGUGCUCCCGCAUCCUUGUCCGAGCUCUGUCUGGCACUAUCCAUUACCAUAACAAGGAAAACAGACCUCAGAAAGGAGGAAUUUGUGUUGCCAACCAUACAUCACCAAUAGAUGCGAUCAUUUUGACAAAUGAUGGAUGCUAUGCAAUGGUGGGCCAAGUUCACGGUGGGCUGAUGGGCAUUAUCCAGCGAGCCACGGUCAAGGCCUGUCCCCACGUCUGGUUCGAGCGGUCCGAGAUGAAGGACCGCCAUCUAGUGACAAAAAGACUCAGGGAACAUGUGGCAGAUAAAAGCAAGCUCCCAAUCUUAAUUUUUCCAGAAGGCACCUGCAUAAACAAUACAUCUGUGAUGAUGUUCAAGAAGGGGAGCUUUGAAAUAGGAGGGACAAUCUAUCCUGUUGCAAUCAAAUAUGAUCCUCAGUUUGGAGAUGCCUUCUGGAACAGCAGCAAAUACAAUAUCGUGAGUUAUCUGCUGCGAAUAAUGACCAGCUGGGCCAUCGUUUGCAAUGUGUGGUACUUGCCACCAAUGGUUAGAAAGGAAAAUGAAGAUGCUGUUCAGUUUGCCAACAGAGUGAGGUCAGCCAUUGCUCGCCAGGGAGGACUGACUGAACUCCCAUGGGAUGGAGGACUGAAACGAGCAAAAGUCAAAGAUACUUUCAAAGAAGAACAGCAGAAGAACUACAGCAAAAUGCUAGUGAGAAAUGGAUCAGUAGGAAGCCUGUCUGCAGAAACUGAGUCAGACUGAGUGGUGGUUCUUGAAAAGUAAUAACUUUGCACAACCAGCCUUAGCAGGAAUGUGUUUUUUUUUAAUUUAAAAAAAAAAACAAACUGUCAAAAAAUAGAGCAAGAAAAC